CGUCAGUUUGCGUGGCCUACCACUUGGUGGCUUCCAUUUUCUUAUAAUACAGCUGGCAGUUGACUGUGGAAUAUUUAGGAGUGAGAAAAUUUCACAACUGAAUUUGUUGCAGAGGUGGGAUCCUAUCACAGUUCCAUGGUGGAAUUCACUGAGCUCAUGGGUGAGCCAUUGUUUAACAAAUAUUUGUCAAGCAUUCCUAGGUGCUUAAUUUUAUACACCUGCGUGUAUAAAAUGGAAGUGAUUGGAACACCUGAUUCUGAUCAUUUGGAUGGAUGAGCAAACAUUUUUCCAUCCAUUGUAUACAUACAAUAUAGUGUAUCUGGUAUCAACUGAAAGUGGUGUGAAUAAAAGAUUCACUAUCAAAUGACCUGAGUUGUUUCUUUGUAUUUAUAGAUGGCUUUGCAGACAGGCCGAGAACCUCCACCAAUAUGGAGAGUCCAGAAAGCUUUGCUCCAGAAAUUCAGCCCAGAGAUUAAAGAUGGCCAAAGACAGUUCUGUGCAACCAGCAAUUAUCUGGGCUACUUUGGGGAUGCCAAAAUGUGCUACCAGCGUCUGUAUGUGAAGUUCCUGGAGAACGUCAACAAGAAGGACUACGUCCGGGUGUGUUCUCGCAAGCCUUGGCACCGAGCCGGCCUGGCCCUGAGACGGCAGUCUCUGACUAAACAGGUGCAGAGCAUUCAGAGUCAGAACCAGUCCCGAGUGGAGAGAGAUGACAGAGACAAGGAGAGACAGAAAGAAAAAGAGAUGCAGGAGCAGAGAGCCAGAGGAAAGGAACGAGAGAGAGAACACAGAGAGAAAAUAGAAAGGGAGCUCAGAGAGAGAGAGAGAAGAGAGGAAAAGGAGAAACAAGAGAGGGAGUAUAAAGAGAAAGAAAAAAUAAUGAGAGAAAGAGAGCGAAAACAGAGGGAGUUCAGAGGAACGGAGAGAGAUAUAGAUAGGAUGAAUGAGCAGAAAGGGAGAGAGGAGAGAGAAAGAGAGGAAAAUAACAGUGAAAGAGAGCAGAUGGAGAAGAGAGAGGAGAAACAGGAACAAGAGUUAAGAGAAAGACUGAGACAAGAGACUGAACAGAAGGAGAAAGAACAGAAAGAGAAAGGAGAAAGGAGGGAAAUCCUUAAACAGCAGAAGGAAAUGAGAGAAAAGCAGAGUGAGCAGAAAGGAAGGGAAAGAAGAGAUGUUGAGAAAGAAAAGAGACAAGGAAAAGAUAGCAGCUUGGAGAUUUUAAGAGUGAAAGAAGAGAAGAGAGGAGAGAAAAACAAGAUUUCUAAAGACAGAGCCAAGCCUCCACCAAAGAAGAGGAAGAAGUGGCUGAAGGAGGUACCGUCCUCAUCCUCUGAGUCUGACUCCUCCCGGCCCAGUGAUGAUGAAGGCCCGGUAUGGGGAGGCAUCAGCAUCCGGGCCAUGAGGGAAAUGUUCAAGAGCUACGUGGAGAUGCUGGUGAGCACAGCACUCGACCCUGAUAUGAUCCAGGCUCUGGAGGACACUGAUGAUGAGCUGUACCUCCCUCCAAUGAGGAAGAUCGACAGCUUGCUGAGUGAACAGAAGAAGAGGCUGCUGAGAAGAAUCAAUAUGAGUGUUCAGCAUCAGGAGGUUUUACAUAUGUAUCCCAAAAUGACAGCUGACCCUCUGGAGUCUGGAGCUGUCAGAGUUCAUCUGGGUGGUGAAGGUUACAGUCGUAAGACCCUCAGUCGUGUCAAGAAAAGUGUUCCUAAGCAACAGGAUAUAAAGCUUUCUAUCGAAACUUGUCGAUUAUACAGUCUGUAUCAUUCUCUCCACCACUACAAGUAUCACACCUUCCUGCACUGCAAGAAAGAGACAGAUAAUAUCGAGCAGGCAGCUGAGGACCCUGGUCAGGAGGAGGUGGUGCAACAGUGCAUGGCCAACCAGGGCUGGCUGGAGAAGCUUUUUAGCUCCUUUGUUGAACUGCUCACCUUUGGUGCCAAGGCAUGAAGAUCAGAGCCUCUGAACUCCUGCACAUACACACAGUAUCAAGUAGCCGAAUAUAUCUGGAAUCAGUAACGCGAAUGAAUCCCACUACACAAACUGAGCAGCUGGUGUCAGUUUGUUUGUGGUACAUGUUUUGUUGUAAAGUCCAUCUUAAAGUACCUCUUGAGUUCAAAGUUUGUAUCGACAAAUAGAAGAUAAUGAAUUUUGUGGAUAUGGUGGAUUAUCCCCAAAAUUCUACUGAUGGAAGUCACGUGAGCAGCGUGAUAAGAUAUGCUGUUUGUAAGGACAUGUUAAUAGCUGUGGUUUGUAUAAUUUAUACAGUGACAUUUUUAAAAAUGACCGCCCCGAGCUGUGGGUUGUUUGUUCUUAUUUUUUGAAGAAUAUUUUCAAAGGAUGUAUAUAAAUGAGUCACCCUGCUUUAUUGUACCAUUCAACCCGCGGUUUUCAAACUGGGGAUGUAUGAGGUAAAAUUAGGUCUUGGUGCACUAUAUGAUGUUUCUACAAUCUUCAGCAAAGAUAAAAGAAUAAAUAGCUGUUUGAAACAACAUAAAAUGUAUUCUUCAAACCAUGAUUUUUUUUAAAUGCAGUUUACUGCUACAAGUAAUGAAGGAAUGAAAAAAUAAAUAUGCCUUUCUCUAAAGAAAUGUGAGGUGAAAAGUUCCUUCAGCAGCCUAAAUGUCAGUGUUUUAAUGUUGGUCAUUUUUAUCUCUUUCUUGUUAAUUGAUAUUUCCUAUUGUUCUGCCUCUCCUGAAGACUCUUUCAGUGUGUAAAUACUGUACAUUUUGAAGCUGGCAGUCGCUCUUCUGUACAUGAAAUUCCUGUAUUUGACAGAAGGGAAAUAAAACUGAUCAAAAUGACAAACGUGAUGAAAAAUAAACAGCACUGUGUUCAA